ACCGGCUUUGACGGAGCGCUUGUUUCUUCUCGACGGCUACAGCGAUUUCUCAUCCAUCCAUUGCGAAGCGGGAGGCAAACAGCUGUGGCUAUCCUUCUAGUGCUUGCAGCAGCGCGCACUCGGCGAGCCUGACGCCAACAUGGCCCUGCAGGGUGCUGCUGCCCGUCGAAAAAUUACGGGCGCUUCGACGUUGCGCGAGGUGGCCCGUCGUCAUCGCGGCAGCGGUCUCACCGCGGCGCACUGACCCCGCCGUCAACACCAUCAUCAGCUGAGUGCGCCCUGCCCAUCGCGGGCGUCAACCGGACUCGGCGAUGCCAUCCUGCAUCAGCGCUGCGCCCGUAGGCGAAACCAACGACGGGAUUGCAGUGUUGACGACCGGUGUCUCGCCGCCCGUCGCGGUCGCCCUCGGCUGCCGUCAGCUGCGGCUAUGAAAGGCAACGCAGGACGCCGCUGUCGCUGUAUAUAGGCUCGUGAGAGAAACAAGGGGAAAAAAUUGCCACGGGGCGCGUUUGUUCGUCCCCUCACUGCCAAAACGAUGGUGUCCAUAAUCAAGAAUCAGAUUCUCAAGCAUCUUUCCAAGUUCACCAAGAACCUGUCGCUGGACAAAAUCCAGCUGAGCACACUCCGGGGCCACUGUGAGCUGCGGCACCUGGAGCUGGACGAGCAGGUGCUCACGGAGCUGCUCGAACUCCCCACCUGGCUCUGCCUGACACGCGCCAUCUGCAACUAUCUCACUCUCAAGAUACAUUGGACAAAGCUCAAGUAUGUCCCUAUCCACUUGUGCUUGGACGAAGUGCUUAUAGAAGUGGAGACCUGCGAGCAACUAAGGCCCCCUUCGAGCAGCAAGCCCAGCUACAGCUCGGGAGGCCGGUACGGCUUUUCCGAUCGGGUCGUCGAUGGCAUGAAAGUGGUGGUCAACUCCGUGGUGGUGAACUUCCAGUCUGCAUCAUUUGUUGCUUCAUUUCAGCUGUCUCGGGUGGUUCUGGACAGCCGGACACCGCGCUGGGACCCCGGGGACUUGCGCCUCUGUCGCAUCAAGGGUCCCGACCAGCUGCUGCUCUUCCGACAACUGCAGUGGCAAAUGAUGCGCCUGGAGGCCCACGCCCGGGGAGCUCAUGCCGGAGCACCACUGCGCCUCAUCACCAACGGGGCACGUUGCCGCAUUGUGCUGAAGAAACGCCUCGCCGACUGCAGCCUGGUUGCCAGCCGCCUGGUCCUUGUACUAGACGAGCUGCUCUGGGCCCUGACCGACGCACAGCUGGUCGCAGCCUUGCACUUGGGGCACUCUGUCGCUGCCCUUGUGCGAAAGGCAGCUGCCCAGGGGCGCCGUCAUCGCGCUGCCAGCUCGACUUUGCCAACCCCUGACCACUUUUCGACUCCCUCCGCGCCUCCUUCGUCGCAAAGGGGUGGGGGUGGUGGAGGAGGAGCCCCCAAGAGCCCCCUGGUGGAAUUCUUUCGGCAGCAUGACGUGCUUGAGACGUCGUAUCACAUGUUCUGCACUCGCAUAGACCUGCACCUCUGUGAUGACAUGGACCCCAAGGAGACACGAUCUAAUUGGGGCCCAUUGCAAGGGGGUGCUGCUCUCCAGGUGCUGCUGGAGAAGCUCCUCAUCGACUACUACCCCUUCCACGGAGCGGCGAGCUCCCGCAACCAGUGGCUCAAGUACAGCGAGCCCACGUCGGGGCGGCAGACCUGGGUGCAGCAGAUGCUCUCCCAUUGGGCGGAGAGUGGCCCAUCAUCGUCAUCCACGCCAGGAAGCACUCCGUCGUCACGUGACUGGCGCACACUCAUGUCCAGCUGCCUGCUCGUGCGGCUCGAAGAGUUCUCCAUGCAGCAGGUGUGCAUGGCAGGGCGUAGUUAUCGCCGCCCGUUCCUGGCAUCAGAGGGCGCCACCGUGCUGCUUCCUGGGGAGGCCCUGCACCUUGAACUGACCCACUACUAUGCACGGCCCUCGCCAGCCACGACGCCCGUCACGGCCAAUGGCCAUGUCAGGAGUCCGGGUUCUGGCAAAGGCAGCACCGUGUCUUCGUUCACUGGGGGCUCUGUGCCCGAGCCACAUCUGUUUGCCUACUUGGGGCCUACUGCAUUACGUCUGGACCUUCCCACGGUGCUCUGGGCGCAUGCUUUCCUGCACAGCGUUCACAAGUGCACGGCGCACCUGUCCUGUGCGAAUGAAGUGUCACCUCUUGCUGUGCGAGUUGAAAUGAUCCUGCCAAAGGUUGCAGUGCCCCAGUUUGAGCGUGAGCGCCCUCUGUUCCCCGAGGAGCACUCUUCUGGUGAGGAGAGCCGCGAGCUCCGUCUAGGCUGCUCGCGGGCCGUGGCCACCAACUGGCGCCCGGCCGACAGGGGUGCCUGCCUAGAGGCCCUGGGCAGGGGCCCGCUUUUCUUCGAGACCACCAGCUUUCCCUGGCGGCCUGACGUAGGAGGAGGGGCCAGCCCCGAUCCCCCACCUGUGCACCCGUGCUUCCUGCAGGGACAGCAGCAGCGCUCCAGUGGAGACCCCGAAGCUGAGGCGUCUCUGUGGUCGGUGCAGCUGGAUCCCUGCUGGGCAGAGUUUGUCGAACGCCCCGGGUCAAGACCACGGGCCUUUGUGGAGCCACUGCCACUUACGCUUUGGAUAGCUGCGCCGGUCACUCUAGCAUCACACGUGCCGCUGUUGCUGCAUGUGCCGGCGCCGCUGCGGCUGCAGCUAGGUCGACGAGAGUGUGCCUUCCUGCUGCGCUUGGCACGUUCGGCCGCCGUGCUACAUGAGCAAGCGGCUCUCGACAGAUUGGCCAUCCUCGGUCCCAGUGGCCGGGCUCCUCCAUCUGUCAGCGUGACGGCACUGUGGCCCCGGGUGGAAGUGACACUGCUUCUGCCGCCGUCGCCAUCGGCAAGUGCAGCCAUGGGCUCGGCUUGCGAUGGCUCGGAACGGCCGGCGUCUUCAACCACCACAAGUGAAGCUGACGAGGUGCCGCCACAUGGCAUGGACGACUCGCCAGACUCUUUGCUGCAACAUUCACUUCCGGCUUCUAUCGGCGUGCCUCCACCAGUUCCACCAGGCUCAGGGGAGGCGCCCAAGGCUCCCCUGUGGACCUUCCGCAAAGGACUUGCUACCGUAGUGUCUGGAAUAGAUGCUGUUCUUGCCAAAGGUGCUGCAGAUGGUGAAUUGGAGUCUGUAGCAGAUGACGACACUGUCUCUCUACGGAGCGACCUUUCUUCGGACUCGGACCAGCUGCUCCUUGCCACCGGGGCACUGGAUGAGGUCCUGGGUCGCAGUGGUACCGCCGAAGUUGCACAGGACGCUGCUGAGCUUCUUGCCCUGGACCACCAUGGAGGCAGCGCACAGGCAGCAGCCAUGAUGGAAAGCGCAGAGUGGCACAGUGGUCGUGCCGGGGGCAGCUCGGGGCGUCCCUGCGUUGCCGUGCGCCUGCAGGACCUGCAGCUGGUGGGUUGGGCAGGCCCCAACGGUGCCACGCUACUGCUCCAGAGUCAGCACCUUGCUUUGGAAGAGAGGCACACGGCAGCAACUGCUGCGUCCACGGGGGGGUCAUGUGGCGAUACAGAAGAGGAGCGAUGCGUGUUCAGCGUGCGUUGGGAGAGCCUUGCUCCCGGCGGUUGCGUUAGUGAAACUGGAGCUGGCUGUGGGCUUCGUGCCCUCGUGCGAGGCCUGUGCCUGCGCCUGAGUGCUGAGGCACUGGCGGGCCUCACCCUGUUGGCGCAAGUGGAGCCUCCCCCACAACGGGCGAUACCGGUGCGCCUCCUGGUGCACAGCCUCAGCGCCACCCUGUUGGAUGAUCCUGCGUCAUCUGGUUCAGGGGGUGAUGCGAACGGUGGCCUUCUGCUCAAAGUGCCCCAGUGCCUGGUGGACAGGACGCCCUCUGGAGCUGUCUACAUCCUGCCCACUGGAUGUGGGUCACUGACUGAGGCGGUGGAGCAGCUGCUGUGGAGAGGCAAUGAGCGGAGGCCUCGUUUGGAGUCAACGUUUGAGGCCCACCAGCCAGACCUCAGCGGACUAGUGGAAGAGAACGAGCGGCUUCGCCAGCGGCUGUCACAGCUACACGCUCUUCAAAGGGACAACCGCCUUCUCCGCGAGCAGGUAACUGAGCUAGAGAACAACAGUGCGGGUGAGCAGCGGCAGAUCGAGGAGCAGCGUGCAGAGUUGAACCGCCUGGAAGGAGAGAAGCACUCGCUGCUGGCCACCCUGCAGUUGCUCCAAGAAGAGCUCAGCCACCUGGAGCGGACAUCCUCAUCGAGCUGUGACCCUUUCUGCGGAGCCAGCAACUCGUAGACAUUCCCGUCUCUCACGCCUGCGUUGCUUUGUGCACUGUGCAUAGCUGCCGCAACAAAUGAGUGCAGAGCCCCCCCCCCCCCACCGGCAAAGUCCACAUCAAAAGCUCCAACGUCCUGCCGUGUGGCGAUUACCAUUCGUGCGCUGCAUGGCAUCACUGCGGAAGACGCGAAACUUCGACUACGCCCACAUUAGCACCUUCCGUGCCUGUCUUCGAUGUGUCGUGACCACUCCUGCCCAGCCCCUGGAGUUAGCGGAAUUGUGAUCAACGAAGUGUCGACUUGUUCCUGGAGGCAUUGCCACUCGUUACCGUGACAGUGCCUCACUUCUGGCUCGCCUUUGUUAUCUUUGCAACAUCGAGGACUGCCUCCACCUGCUCACCUUCGAAACAAUGGGCAGCGUUGGAGAGCCAUUUGCCGAGCGACUUGACCCUUUCGUUGAAAAACAGCACUCGAUUCGCUGCACCAUCCUGAUGAAGUCUUCUCUGACUAGAUUGCCGUGUUCUUUGGAUCCCGUCAACACUGCAAGCAUCGUGGCAACGGCUCGAGAGUUUCAAGUAAUAUGGCCUUCAUAGGUGUCAUAGGGAAGGCAUCGGAAGAGAGAAACAGAACAUCAUCCUGUAUUGGAUUAGCAGAGUUCAGAGCUAUCGGUUCACUCAUAGCAUGCUCACUUCUGCUUCAGUGCAUUUUGAGGUAAGAUGGCACCCGAACUAAUGUAAGGAGCAGCAUCUACCUGGAAUAAGUGCCCAUUUUGAAGAAGGGGCAGUGGGUGCAUUGCUCGUUCAAUGUUUGUUGGAAGGACUGCUUGCUCGCCUGUUCACUGCUUCACGAGUUUUGUUUUGCCGAAAUUCACUUCGUCACCUUCAGGCCCUUGUUACUUGUUGUUCAGAGUGAAAUUAAAACAAUGCCAGCUGUACGUGCAUGCAUACCACCGCUGACUGAAGUUCUUGGAACACGUGGGUAACGCAUUGGUUGUGUGAUUUUCUGAGCAAACCUGCAAAAUCGAAGAAUGAAUCCUGGGCUACUUGGCGUUGCAAAUAUUGUUGUACAGCUCACUUCAGGCAGCACAGCCAGAUUAUUUGGAAAUUAAGCCACAAGGCCCGCAUGUUCCGGAAACCUUCUCUAGGAUGUUUUACGAUAUCAUGUGCUAUAAUGGACGAACGAGAUGCAAGCAUGUUAGGGCUAACUAGAACAUUAUUUUAUUUCUGCCUUUACUACUUUGCAGUGUCAACGUGGUACUGGCUUGUACGGUUAGUCUGACGCCUACACUGCUCUUGGCAAUAAAAUGCACAUUGCACCAUUG